AUGGUGCCAAAGGUCGACGAAGGCGAGAACCUCGCUCGCAUGGAGCGCGGGGAGCUUUAUUACGCUUUCACUCCGCAACUAAUAGCUGGACGCCAACGAUGCUCGCGUAUCCUAAACCGACUUAACAACGCCGGUGAUUUAACCCGCCGCGAGAUUGCCGAGUACUGGAAAGAACUGACCAAGGAUGACCGCCCUCUUCCGCCUCCCGCGGCCACAGAUGAAGAAGAGGAUGCAGUCCUUCACGAGUAUCCCUGGGUAGAACGGCCCAUCAGGAUGGACUAUGGGUACAAUGUUCAGGUCGGAAGCAAUGUAUUCAUAAAUUUCAACUGUACUAUCAUCGAUACCUGUAAGGUAUUCAUCGGCUCGCGCACUCUCAUCGGGCCGAACGUAUCCUUUUUUAGCGGGACGCACCCCUUAGAUCCAGACCUGCGCAACGGUACCAACGGGCCGGAACUCGGGAAGCCAAUUACCAUCGGCAGCGACUGCUGGAUAGCCGGGAAUGUAAUAAUACUCCCCGGUGUGACGGUCGGUGAUGGAUGUACAAUUGGAGCGGGGAGUGUAGUAACCAAGCACCGGUUUUCCCUGCCCUUCCACGGCCCAGUUCAUUCUCUCGGCGAUGCUCAUGAACACCAAAAAAUAUUCCAGAAGGAUGAGAGCGUGCGGGUCGAGGGAUUCUACAUCUUUGAUAAUCAUUUCGUCGAGCGUGCACGACCACCAAAUUGCCAUCCUAGGCUCAACAGACGACCUAGCAUAUUCUAG